GUCCUUGCUGACCCUGGACCCCUACCUGAGCCACAAUGGCAGAGCUGCCCACAACAGAGAUGCCCAGGGACACUGCUCUGUGUAGCGGGCGCUUCACCAUCAGCACCCUCCUGGGGGGAGAUGAGUCCCUACCAGCCGCCACCUAUGACACCAGCCACCCCAACCACCUGACCUACGGCAGCACCCUCUACAUGCGCACCUUUGGGUACAACACCAUCGACGUGGUGCCUGCCUACGAUCACUAUGCCAACAGCGCCCUGCCCGGCGAGCCUCGAAAGGUCCGGCCUACGCUGGCCGACUUGCAUUCCUUCCUCAAGCAGGAGGGGAGCCACCUGCACACCCUGACCUUUGACAGCCAGCCCAGUCAUGAGCUGACCAACGGGCUGGUGGAGGACGAGGCGGGCACCCCCAGUGAGAAGAGCCCCGGGGAGCCUGUGCGCUUCGGCUGGAUCAAGGGGGUGAUGAUCCGCUGCAUGCUCAACAUCUGGGGUGUGAUCCUCUACCUACGGCUCCCCUGGAUUACGGCGCAGGCGGGCAUUGUCCUGACCUGGAUCAUCAUCCUGCUGUCUGUUAUGGUGACCUCCAUCACUGGCCUCUCCAUCUCGGCCAUCUCCACCAACGGCAAGGUCAAGUCAGGUGGCACCUAUUUCCUCAUCUCCCGGAGUCUGGGCCCAGAACUGGGGGGCUCCAUCGGCCUCAUCUUUGCCUUUGCCAACGCCGUGGGUGUGGCCAUGCACACCGUGGGCUUCGCAGAGACUGUGCGGGACCUGAUGCAGGAGUAUGGCACACCCAUCGUGGACCCCAUCAAUGACAUCCGCAUCAUUGGUGUAGUCACUGUCACCGUGCUGCUGGCCAUUUCAUUGGCUGGCAUGGAGUGGGAGUCCAAGGCCCAGGUGUUGUUCUUCCUUGUCAUCAUGGUCUCUUUUGCCAACUACUUGGUGGGGACACUGAUCCCUCCAUCUGAGGACAAGGCCUCCAAGGGCUUCUUCAGCUACCGGGGGGACAUUUUUGUUCAGAACUUGGUGCCUGACUGGAGGGGUAUUGAUGGCAGCUUCUUCGGAAUGUUCUCCAUCUUCUUUCCCUCUGCCACGGGCAUCCUGGCAGGAGCCAACAUCUCCGGAGAUCUCAAGGACCCUGCUGUGGCUAUCCCCAAGGGAACUCUGAUGGCCAUUUUUUGGACCACUGUCUCCUACCUGGCCAUCUCAGCCACCAUCGGUUCCUGUGUGGUUCGUGACGCCUCUGGGGACCUGAAUGACACGCUGACCUCUGGCUGGGGUGCUUGUGAAGGGCUGGCCUGCAACUAUGGCUGGAACUUCACCGAGUGCUCCCAGCAGCACAGCUGCCGCUAUGGCCUCAUCAAUUACUACCAGACCAUGAGCAUGGUGUCAGCCUUUGCACCGCUGAUCACAGCCGGCAUCUUCGGGGCCACCCUGUCCUCUGCCCUUGCCUGCCUGGUCUCAGCUGCCAAAGUUUUCCAGUGCCUGUGCCAGGACCAGCUGUACCCACUGAUCGGCUUCUUCGGCAAAGGCUACGGCAAGAACAAGGAGCCUGUGCGUGGCUACCUGCUGGCCUACGCCAUCGCCGUGGCCUUCAUCAUCAUUGCGGAGCUCAACACCAUCGCCCCAAUCAUCUCCAAUUUCUUCCUGUGCUCCUACGCCCUCAUCAACUUCAGCUGCUUCCAUGCCUCCAUCACCAACUCACCCGGGUGGAGACCCUCGUUCCAGUACUACAGCAAGUGGUCGGCGCUGUUUGGGGCAGUUGUCUCCGUGAUCAUCAUGUUCCUGCUCACCUGGUGGGCAGCCCUCAUCGCCAUUGGAGUCAUCGUCUUCCUCCUGCUCUACGUGAUCUACAAGAAGCCAGAGGUGAACUGGGGCUCCUCCGUGCAGGCUGGCUCCUAUAACCUGGCCCUGAGCUACUCUGUGGGCCUCAAUGAGGUGGAAGACCACAUCAAGAACUACCGUCCCCAGUGCCUGGUGCUCACAGGUCCCCCCAACUUCCGCCCUGCCCUCGUGGACUUCGUGGGCACCUUCACCCAGAACCUGAGCCUCAUGAUCUGUGGCCAUGUGCUCAUUGGACCCUGCAAGCAGAAGAUGCCCGAGUUCCGACUCCUUGCCAAUGGGCACACCAAGUGGCUAAAGAAGAGGAAGGUCAAGGCCUUCUACUCAGACGUCAUCGCUGAGGACCUCCGCAGCGGCGUCCAGGUCCUCAUGCAGGCUGCAGGUCUGGGGCGAAUGAAGCCCAACAUUCUGGUGCUGGGAUUCAAGAAGAACUGGCAGUCUGCUCACCCCACCACAGUGGAAGACUACAUCGGCAUCCUUCAUGAUGCCUUUGACUUCAACUACGGCUUGUGUAUCAUGAGGAUGCGAGAGGGGCUCAAUGUCUCUAAAGCGAUGCAGGCACACAUUAAUCCUGUGUUUGACCCAGCGGAGGAUGGCAAGGGAGCCAGUGCCAACGGGGCCAGGCCAUCCGUGACUGGCACAUUGGACCCUGAGGCUCUGGUGCAGGAGGAGCAGACCAGCACCAUCUUCCAGUCAGAGCAGGGCAAGAAGACCAUUGACAUCUACUGGCUCUUUGAUGAUGGAGGUCUUACCCUCCUCAUCCCCUACCUACUCCACCGCAAAAAGAGAUGGGCCAAAUGCAAAAUCCGCGUGUUCAUCGGGGGCCAGAUCAACAGACUGGACCAGGAGAGAAAGGCGAUAAUUUCUCUGUUGAGUAAGUUCCGACUGGGAUUCCAUGAAGUUCACAUCCUUCCUGACAUCAAUCAGAAGCCAAGUGCUGAGCACACUAAGCGGUUUGAGAAUAUGAUUGCGCCCUUCCGCCUAAAUGAUGGCUUCAAGGAUGAGGCCACAGUUGCAGAGAUGAGGCGGGACUGUCCCUGGAAGAUCUCAGAUGAAGAGAUCAACAAGAACAAAGUCAAGUCCCUUCGGCAGGUGAGACUGAAUGAGAUUCUGCUGGAUUAUUCCCCAGAUGCUGCCCUGGUCGUCAUAGGCCAGAGGACACUGGUUUUAUAUCAAGAGGCCUGUGAGCAGGGAGCCCCUUCAGAAGACAGCUGGAACCUUCUCCUGCCACCUCAGUUGCACAACUCCUGAGGCAGGUGGAAGUACCCCACAGUACUGGCAAGACCUUCUUUCAAGAGAGUGAAAGAAGAAUUGUUCCUUUAGGCAGCGAAGUGCCCCUUUAAGGAGAUCAAAAUGGUAUGGGUUCAAAGCAAAGAUGCUCAGUGGCUUUUAGCAGACACAUAGGAAAGUGACAGAUGACUGACCAGAGGGCAUUCACCCCACUAGGCACUGGUGACACGCAGGAACUAGGCAGCCAGCCUGAACCUGACCGAGGAGGCUUCUGUCCUGUCAGUCUAAUGUUCGAGACCCACAAGUGUUCAAAGGCUACUAGCUCCACAUUAACCAGAUAGCAGUAGCAUCUUUUCCCACCAAGUAGCAGUUUGGCCACCAGCAGAAUGGGUCAAGCGAUUAGAAACAUGCUUGGAAAUGUUGGGUAAGGUAGCACCUGCCUGAGAUCCCAGCUGCUCAAAAGACUGAGGCAGGAGGGUUGCUUAAGGCCAGAAAUUCAGUGUGGGCAAUAUAGCGGGACCCCAAUGGGAAGGAAGAAAGGGAGAGGGAGAGAGAAGGAACUGUAUAUUCCCAUGGAUAUUUAGUCAUGGUUUAGGAAUUGUCAGUCCAUUCAGGCUGCUGAAACAAAAUGCCAUACUCUGUGUGGGGCAGGAUGGUGGUAAAAACAAUGGAAAUGUAUUUCUCAUAGUUCUUGAGACUGGGAAAUCCAGUAUCAAAACACCAACUUAUUCAGUGUCUGAUGAGGGCUAGCUAGCUCUCUGGGUCAUAGAUGGCACCUUCCUGCUGUGUCCUCACAUUGUGGAGGGAGCCAGGGAGCUCUCUGGGACCUUCUGUAUUCAUGUGGGCUCCGUCCUCAUGACCUAAUCACUUCCCAAAGGCCCCAGCUCCUAAAAUGUAAUGUCCAACACCAUCACAUUGGGGUACAGAUUUCAGCUGCGAGUCUGGGGAACAUGCCAUAUUCAGAGCACAGCAAAACAGUUAUGCCUGACUUUGGUUCCUCCCAGUCAAACAGUAGGUUGCAUGGAACAUUUACAAUUCCUGUUAUCCUGGGUAGUACGUCUCUUCAGCAGAGGAGUGGGGGAGCACAGAAAGCUUACCACAGGCAGUUGCCUGUCUUUUCCUGGGACUCUCUGUCACUGGAUCCCAGAUGUCACCAGCCCCUGCACGUGCUUUUCCUUAGUGAGAGCUAGCUUUACGUAUCCCUGGACAGCAACAUCCUUUACAGUGCAGUCAGCUGAGCUGAACUUGCUUUGCUUUCCUGUGUCACUUACAGCACUGAAAAAAAUGUCAAAGUGGUGAUGACAAUGCAUUAAGUCAAGGGUGGGCCCUUCUGAGCACCCCAUGGGGCUGUGUAGCUUGCACCCCUGUGAGGCUGACUUUGCUGCAACAGUGCUUCCCAGGGUGUCUGGGGAGAUCAUUUUGUUCUGCAGUGAAAGUGUUCCCUGUUUGCUUGAUUUGAAAAUCAUGCUAAGAAAAGGGCUGGGUUUAGCUCCCUGCUUCUGGCCAGCACCCAGCAGGGAAUGUUCUAGGGUAAGGUAGGUCGCAGGUACAAAUGGGGUCAGAACUCAAGACAGUGGCUUCAUCCUCUCUGGAGGAUGCUGAGAGGUGACCCUUGCUGGCUCCUCUCCCCUCUACCCCAGGACUUCAUAGGUAACCAUGUGUUCAGUCACUGUGGAGAAGAUGCCUGCACACCCUCA